AAGUAGAAGAAAAGGAAGGGUCAUAAAAACCGGAAUAUGGACUCCUGUAUGGUAUAUAAAGGGACCAGCGUCUCAAGAUGGCAACUCACUCCUCCACGAGCGCUGCUCAGGACAACAUGAAGGGAAUGCAGGUAUUACUACUCAGCUGCCUGACAGCCGUCGCCCUUGGGCAAAGAACUGCAAACACCGGCAACAACGCCAACAGCAACACGCGCUUAUUCGGUGGAGGAGGACUUCUCGGUGGCCUCGUGGCCGGAGCCAACCAAGCCCUCGGAGGCGCCUUGAACCCAGGCUUCGGAGGAGGCUUCAACCAGGGCUUCGGAGGGGGUUUCAAUCAAGGCUUCGGAGGUGGAAUUAACCCUGGAUUUGGAGGAGGUUUCGGUGGCCUCUCCCAGACCUGCAGACGUUGGUGCCGAACUCCCGAGGGACAGGCAUACUGCUGUGAGAGCAACAAUGAGCCUGACACCCUUCCCUUCGUAAAGCCGGGUGUAUGCCCUCCCGUUCGCCCUCAGUGCCCACCCGUCAGGAACUUCGCCCCUCCACAGACAUGCUCCAACGACAGCAAGUGCGGAGGCGUCGACAAGUGCUGCUACGACAGGUGUCUUGAGGAGCACGUGUGCAAACCCCCUGUUGGGUCUGGUGGUUUCGAUGGAUUCGGAGGUUUUGGUCGCUAAAAAGAUUUUUUUUUUCAUAAUUGUGAAUAAUCUCUAAUGUCUCGAUUUUUCUUCUUUUUUUCUAAAUAAAUAUUUUCUAACUUUA